AUGUUCCAGACACUGCCAGUAUUUUCUAGUGAUGAAUUUAAGCAAUAUAAAGAAGCAAUGUCAAAAGCACUCGCAACGUCUUCUAGUCCUCUUGAUGCCAGUCUUGAAAAGGUACUCCCAGGCGUUCAUUCCAGACUAGUUGCCUCGCACAAUGCCACCAUGCUGUUGGGACAGACGCUUGGAGCCAAGGUCGACCAGCUUAGCCAGAUCGUGGUGGACGGAUUAGCGCAUCUACAGCACACGACGCAGGCAACAAGAGAGGAAACCGAGAAGGCUGUUGGCUUUGCACUGGUUCAAACCGGUAGGCAGCUUUUGGGAGAGGAAGAAACAGCUGGUGGCCAAUUCGAAGAAACAAGCCCAACAGCAGCCUCUGUUGAUGAUACUGACUUGGACUUAGAAGACGUGAUUGAAGAAGUUUUGGCCACUGGCCAAGGCAAUGUCGCAGUUGAAGCAACACCUCCACGACCACCUAUGCCCUUUGGUGGAACGGUCCCUCGUGUUGUAGGCACCCACAACAGCACACCCGAAGACCAUCGUGACUAUGCUCUAACACUUAAGCAUUCUUGCUUGCAAGAUGUACACGAUGAAUGGUUUGGAAGCGGAAAGUUUGCAGAUGACGCGUUUGGGGGCAUUGAUGGAAGAAACCGGCUGCAUGGAGCUAAGUGGCGAAAGCACCUGGACAACGGCUUGUUCUCCUACAACAAACGUCUUGUUGAGGGAGUGAUGUACCAGAGCAAGCUUCGAAAGUGCCAGCCAGACGAGGUCAUUCGGGAAUGGGAAGUUCUUUUCGAGAAGCAAUCUUUCUCUGUGGGCAACAUGGUUAAGUACUUGCAGAGUCAGUCGCUUCUCAAAGUGGGCAAGCCUCGUGGUGCUUCUCUAGCAAAGUUGAAAGCAAAGGAAAAAGCCCAACAGCAACAAGCCAAUACAUCGCAAUAA